CGUUUGUUUCUUGUUGCACGUGACCCGUAAACGGGUGGAGCAGAGGAUAUUGCGACGGCAUCCGUCUCGGAGCGUGAACAGAAGCCAUGGAGGUGCAAGAAGAGGUGCCAGACGCCGCUAGCUAAUCACGUGAAUAAGAAGAAUGACUGAAGAAGCGAAGCGAACGUACGAGCUUGUGGUGUUUGGUGCGUCCGGUUAUACUGGUGAAUUUGUGGCUGAAAGAGUCGCAAAACGGGCAAGGGAAGUCUCUCUUUCAUGGGCAGUCGCAGGCAGAAAUCUUGCAAAGCUACAGAAGGUUGUAGACGAUAUUGCCAAGUCAACAGGAGGAAAUCCAUCCGAUGUGGGUAUAAUUGAAGCAGACAUAGAAGAUGAAACCUCACUCAAACAGAUGUGUGCCAGCUGUAAGGUGCUACUCAACUGUGUGGGACCAUAUCGUUUCUACGGUGAGCCGGUUGUCAAGGCUUGUGUUGAGGAGAAAUGUGAUUAUGUUGAUAUCAGUGGUGAGCCACAGUUUCUGGAGACAAUGCAGCUCAAGUACAACGAAAAGGCUCGAGACAAUGGCGUUCACAUUGUUGGCACGUGUGGGUUUGAUAGCAUUCCUGCCGACAUAGGAACGUUGUUUGCAAGAGAGAAGUUUCCUGGAAAGGCAACACAGGUAGAGAGUUUUGUAACGAUUGAUGUCAAAAGCCACGGUUAUGGCGGUCAUUAUGGAACAUGGCAGUCGGCUAUCCACGGGUUUGCCUUCCAGAAGGAGCUCGCUAACAUUCGUCGUCAACUCUUCCCUCAACCUCUUCGUCGAAUCAGUCCGAAGCUGCCAAAACGAGUCGGUUCUCUCGGAUACUAUUACAACAGCAAGCUGUCGAAGUACUGUAUGCUCUUUCCUGGAGCUGAUGCAUCAGUGGUUCGGCGCACUCAGUAUUACGACUUGGAAUCUCAUGGAAUCGAUCCGAUUCAAUAUGGAGCAUACUUCACUUUACCAUCAAUUUUUGCUAUCUUGAGGCUGUUUCUGUUCGGGUUGGUGUUUGGCAUUCUUGCUCGGUUCAAGACUGGACGUUACCUUCUCGAAACGUUUCCGAAGUUUUUUAGUGGUGGAAUGUUUUCUCAUGAAGGUGCAACACGAGAGAGUAUGAGUGGAGUCUCUUUCUCGAUGGUGUUUUUUACUAGCGGCUACCCAUCCGGUACCAGUCCAUCAGCUGACGAUAAGCCUUCACUGAUCCAUGUCACUGAAGUUCAUGGUGAAGAGCCUGGAUAUGUUGCUACAUCUGCAAUGUUCGUAGAGGCGGCUAUUACAUUACUACUUGAACAUUCAAGUCUUCCAAACAAAGGAGGAGUGCUAACGCCUGCGUCGGCAUUUCGAGGAACGAAGCUGCUAGAUAAUCUUGUUCGACAAGGAGUGCAGUUCGUUGUUCACGGAGAAGAGUACAAGGCUUGAGCUAAGCAGAUGACUUGAAGAGAUUUGUUGUUGAUUGAGUUGCUUUCUUCAAACGCAAUCUUGCAUGCAGUGAUCAUUGUGUUUUGUACUGUACUGGAUUUAGACAUGUGACCAUCCAUCAUUUUUGACUUUGCUAUGCCCCCUGA